AUGGAAAUCCACAAAAAGGAUCGUAAAGUACGGAGAGCAGUUUUUACGAAAAAUGCUAACGAACUGGAAGUCUUAUUGUCUGCUGCGGAUAAGUCGGCUCGUUCCAUUAAGCUGACCUGGGAAGUAGUGCAACAAAAAUAUUCGGAUCUGCAAAUUGUGGAUGAAAAGGUGUACGAGCUGCUUUUAGAAACAGAUGCCGACGAAAAGGAGCUAGCUGAGGAGAUGGAGAUUCGAGAUACUUAUUUGAAGAAGUACACAAAUCUUAGGCUCAAGGUUGAGGAAUCUAGCUUAGACAACGACAUACACAGCGAGCAUAGUGCCAAUUCUCGAGUAAGCCAGCAUAGUAGUCAAGAACGAUUAGGUAAGCGUCAGUUUAAGUUACCUACAAUAGAAUUCAGGAAAUUCGGUGGAGAUGUUCGAGAGUGGCUAGGUUUUUGGGCCCAGUUUAAAAAAAUCCACGAUGACCCUGACAUUGAUUCACAUGAUAAAAUUGUUUACUUAAUACAGGCUACAGUACCCGGCAGCAAAGCUCGACAACUUGUGGAAAGCUAUCCUGCUAUGCAAGAAAACUAUUCAAAAAUCAUUGAUAGUCUAAAGGCUAGAUUUGGUCGCGAUGACAUUCUUAUUGAGGUGUAUGUGAGGGAACUUUUAAAGCUCAUUUUGAGUAAUGCCAUGGCCCAAGACAAGAUGGAUAUUUCCACUCUCCAUGAUAAGAUUGAAAGUCACUUACGAGCUCUUGAAACUCUAGGAAUAACAAAAAAUAAUUGUGCUUCGAUGUUAUUUCCCUUGAUCGAGUCAUGCUUACCUGAAAAUCUUUUAAGAGCUUGGCAACGUUCGGCUCAAUACGUGAGCAGUCUAAAACAGAAAACAGAGAUUUCCGAUGAAGAAUCACCUUCUGAAAGUCGUUUAGAUGGGCUGAUGAAUUUUUUAGGAGUUGAAGUAGAAAACGAACAGCGAAUUUUGCUGGCUACUGAAAGUUUCGGACUCAACACGAUUUCUUCAGACAAAAAACUAUUUCGGUCAGAGAAAGUUAAACAGAAAUUCGGGAACAAAUGUACAGAUGAGCGGACAGCAACUGCCGCUGGACUUGUUAAUUGUGAUAUUACUACCAAAUGCACCUUUUGUGAAGGUUCGCACGAAACUGAAAACUGUUUUAAGUUCAGAAAACAUUCUUUAGAAGAAAAGAAGAGCAUUCUUUCAAAAAGGGGAGCAUGUUUUAGAUGCCUAAAGAUGGGACACUUGGCAAGAAAAUGCCAUGCACGAGUGAACUGCAUGGUAUGCAACAAAUCACACGUUACGAUGAUGUGUCCAGAAAUACUGGCUAACAAAGCGAAAAAUGAGGCUUCUUUGAUAGCAGAAGAGGAAAAAGAGAAAAAAUCUACUGAACAAGCGCUAUCGUGCCAAACUUCCUCGCAUGUUUUUAUGCAAACAAUUAGAGUAACCAUAAGCAAUGGUUCUGCUUCAAAAGAAAUUCGAGCGUUGAUGGAUACGGGAUCGCAGCGAUCAUAUAUCUUGAAGGACACCGCUAAAGAACUAGGUUAUGUUCCAUUUAAAACAGUAACAAUCACUCAUGCUUUGUUUGGAGGACAGAAAACAGAGGAGCAAUCUCAUAAUUGUUAUAAAAUUAGAAUCGGCGAUAACAAUUAUAAUUGCACCAUGGAAAUGUUGGAUCAAAAUCAAAUUUGUAGCAGUAUCCAGCCAAUACAUUUCGGUGAGUGGAUUGAAGAAUUGAAGGCGAAAAAUAUUCAUUUGAGCGAUGUAGGCAGUCAGGGACCUAUAGAGGUGUUACUCGGAGCCGAUGUAAUUGGAAAAUUAUAUACUGGCCGUAGACACUUGUUGAAAUCCGGACUAGUCGCUGUAGACACCUUGUUGGGUUGGACUUUAAUGGGGAAAGUUCCUAAUGCGGAGAGAAGUACGAAUUUAGUAAGCAUGUCCAUGUUAGUCAAAGAUGCGCCUAUUUCCAACUUAUGGGCACUGGAUGUGUUAGGUAUUACCGAUCCGGCUGAGACGAAAAACAGACAGGAAUUGGCUUUAGCGGCAAAGGAAAUGUUUCAGCAAACAGUUAGAAUUAACGAGAUGGGCAGAUAUGAAGUACGACUUCCAUGGUUAGAAGGCCAUGCCCCGUUGUCGAGAAAUUACGAUGUUGCGAGAAAAAGAUUAGAUUCGACUACAAAAAAGUUGAAAAGAAACCACAUAUUGGAAUCAUAUGACCAUGUUUUCCAAGAAUGGCUUCAGGAAGGAAUCAUAGAAGAGGUGCCCAAUAACGAGUUAGGAAACGAAGCUGCUCACUAUUUACCACAUAGAGCCGUAAUCAAAGAAAACAGCACUACGAAGAUACGGCCUGUGUUCGAUGCAUCUUCAUGUGAAAAAGAAAAACCUUCACUGAACAGUUGUUUAGAAACUGGACCCAAUUUGAUAGAAUCUAUCCCUUCAAUACUGUUGAGAUUCAGAUUGUAUAGUUUUGGAGUCAUAUCUGACAUAAAGAAAGCCUUUCUGCAGAUCAGCUUGAGUCAAAAGGACAGAGAUUUUGUCAGGUUUUUGUGGAUAGGAACGGAUGGCGAAGAAAUAACUUAUCGACACAAACGUGUGGUAUUUGGUAUCAGCAGUAGUUCAUUUCUUCUUGGUGCAACUAUUGAACAUCAUCUUGCCUUAUGUAGAAAAAAAUCCAGCAGAACUGGUACUUUUUACUCCCCAGAAACAAUAGAUAAAUUGUCUGAAAGCUUCUACGUCGACAAUUGUGUUACGAGCCUGGAAGACGAAGCUUCAUUGAACCGCUUUAUAAGUGAGUCCAUCGCUGUUAUGAACGAAUGCAGUUUUGAUCUCAGAGGGUGGGAGUAUACACAAGGAAAGGAUGCCUCAACGGAAGUUGAGCCUAUAUCUGUGCUUGGAUUGUCUUGGUAUCCGAACAACGAUGUGUUAGCGAUCACUAAAAAUUGA